AAUUUUUUUUUUUUUUUUUUUUUUUUUUAAAUGGAGGAACUAGCGUUUUCACCAUUGCUAUUAUUGCUGCUGAGUUUUAAAUCAGAGGCACUUUUGAAUUAUCCAAUUUGUUUCACAUUCAUAGUCACUAGAAAGAGGUUAUUUGCCCAUUAGGAUGCUUAUCGAGCCAAUAAAACCAUUCUGAUGUUCUCCUAAUUGCUUAAUUUUAAAUUGCCAGCACUUCUUUACACAGAAGACAGCGUUUCGCUAAGCAGCGACAGCAGAAACCAGAACGUCAGCUCUCUUUUUGGCCUUUGCGACUCGCACUCCAUUGGCUGAUCUUAGAACUCGCAGUGCCUAAAACCCAGAGGAAGUAGCCGCAGCCAGAGGUUGUCAUCCCGGGCCAAGUCAAGUGUGUGACAGAUUAGGAAUGUUUCCAGUGCUCACCGGCACCGCCCAUCUGUUUUGUAGCUUGGCAAGACACUCAAAAGUUUAGAGUUUUGUCCUUUCUUGGUUGUCGUCAUCAUCCUGUCAUCAUGCUGUUUGUGUUCAAUACACAGAGCAGACAGGGGAGUGGCUGAAGUUUGUUUGCAGCGAGAGAGAUUUUCCAGAUCAGAUAAAGUCCUAGAGCUUCCAAGCGAGCUUGAGGAAGUAGAUAAGUUCCAUCUUGCAGGAGAGAGCUCGCACACCGAAUCGCGGAGAAGCGCGAGCGCGCUCACAGUUAGUGCAAAGGGCUCAUACACAAACAAACACGUCUGCUCACCCAUUCUGGUGCUCAUGCCAUGGUGUUUGAACCUUAUCCUUUUCCCUUUCUCUCUAUCUUUUGGACAGAGCCUUGGUACUGAGUGUGAAUUUACUGAAAUGUCUCCCCAAUGCUUUGAGUUUCCAUUGUAUUGACUCUGUUUUUUUACUCUUCUUUCUUUUUUGUUUUACUCUUGUUUUUUAGGUAAGGUUUGUAGGACCUCCCCCACUGUAUGUUUGUGUGUAUGUUUGAGUAAGCGUGCGUGUGCGUGUGGAUGUUUUUCUUGAAAUAAUACGUAAUAACUCUCCCCCUUUUACAGUGUAGCCUAACGGCUUCUCUUAGUUCUUCUCUCUACGCUUACAAUCACUAAACGCUCUCUGCUCAAAAUACCAGCGCUACGAUUUGAAACUCAUACCAAAAUGGAAUCAGCAAACAUUUUGUAGAAAUUAAUUGUCCAAUUUUGUUUUCUCCUCUCUUGAUUGUGUUCAGAAUUCACCCGUGAUAGAAUAGCACUUGUAAAUAUUAGUUCAAUGUAUGUUUGGCUGCGAUGGGGGUGUUUUGAUUGGCUGAGAACAUGAGAUGGGGCCCUCUGAUUGGCUGUGAACAUGAUUCUGCCUCUUUCCCAUGAUUCCCCUGAAUGGCUUGCCAGAAUGAGCCUCAAUCUCCUGCCCAUUCUCCCCCUCCUUCCGCCUUCGAUCGGUCUAUCUGCCUGCGUCCACUUUUGUGAAGUGAAUGUACACCUGUGGUACAUGUGGGAGUGGAAACUGUAUGUGCCGAGUGCGUGUGUGUGUGUGUGUGUGUGUGUGUACGUGUGUGUCUCCAAAACGAGGGGUGGGGGCUCAGGUGUUUUAGCUUGCAGGGAGAAGUCUUCACACCAUCCCACCUGCAUCCCACUGCUCCUCUUAUAUAUGUACUUACUUGUCAAAGCCUCACCUGACCUGACCCAUCUCCUUCCCCCUCUCCCACAGAGCAUGCUGGCUGUAGAGACCCAGUCUUGUGAAGCUGAGUUUUAAGCAAUGCAGCAACCACAAAACAGAUUGCAAUUGAUUCUCGCUAACUGGCGAGAUGAUGAAACCGAUCUAGUUCUCUAAAGAGGCCUGCUGGCCGAUAACAACGAUGCGCUGCUAAAAGCUCGCUCACAGAGUAUGCUUCUCAUAGCUGCGUGAUGAAGUAUGCAUACGACGGCCUCUCUGUCUCAAACACGUUCACGCGGAGACUUGGACCCGCAUGGGGGAUUGGAGAAAGGGUGGAUUGGACACUGAGUGAUUUCUGUCGAAGGACAAUCAACAAAGAGAGGGGAAACGAGAGAGCGGACAGCUUUACCUCUGAAAUUAGUCUGAGUAAAUGUGUUCUCCUGAAGCCUGAAAUUUUAGUACCAGUAAAGAGGAGUAGAGAAGGAGUGUCAGGGAUGGUGAGAGGGCAUCCCUGUAAUCACCCAGGCCUGUUGGUAGGGGGUACACCAAAGCCCCUGCCCCGAAACCCACCCCCUAACCCUUUACCCCUUACCCCUGAACGCUCUCUUUGUGCCUCAAUCUUCCUGCUUAACCAAUUGGUGUUUCUUUUUUGCAGCAUUAUGAUCCUGGCCAUGUUGUGCUGAUGGUAAACUUAGUGGACGAACUGACCCUGUGCCCAUCGUCCUCAAAUAUGACGUCAUGGGAAUGGGCCGCAUGGAAAUGGAGCUGGACUAUGCAGAAGAUGCCACAGAGAAGCGCCGGGUGCUGGAAGUGGAAAAAGAAGACACAGAGGAACUGCGGCAAAAAUACAAGGAUUAUGCGGAGAAGGAAAAAGCCAUAGCUAAAGCUUUAGAGGACCUGAGGGCCAAUUUCUACUGUGAACUGUGUGAUAAGCAAUACCAGAAACAUCAGGAGUUUGACAAUCACAUCAACUCCUAUGAUCAUGCGCACAAGCAGAGACUGAAGGAGCUGAAACAGAGAGAGUUUGCUCGGAAUGUGUCUUCUCGUUCCAGAAAGGAUGGUAAGAAACAAGAGAAGAUGCUGCGGCGACUUCAUGAACUAGCCGAACAGAGGAAACAGCAAGACCAUGUUCCUGGUAGUGGCCCCAUGUUUAAAACUACCACAGUGGCAGUAGAUGGAGAAAAGGGGGAAGACUCAAUGGAUGGUGUGCCUAUGACUAUGGAUACCAAUACAGAGGCUAUUGAAGAUAAGGGAAUCUGUGGUGUUAGUGGUCAAGGCUCACCUAGAACAGGCCCUGCCAUCAGCUUCGGUUUUAACAAAACUAGCUCUUCUCCAACACCUUCUGGAGGCUCACAGGCUCCUAAAGUUAGUGUCUCCUUCUCUUUUGCUAAGAAAGCCCCAGUUAAACUUGAGACAGCUGCAGCUGUGUUUGCAGACCAUGGUGAAGAAGCAGUGGAAGGAGAAGAAGGUCAGGAAGAGGGAGGAGAGAAAACCGGAGGAGAGGAUGUAGGUAUCGCAUCCACAACUGCUGAAGCAACAGCAACAGCAGCAGCAGCAGCAGCAGCAGCAGCAGGAGGAGGUGGCGGUGGAGGAGGAGGGGGUGGUGGUGGGGGUGGGGUAGGUGGUGGUAGUGGUAGUGGUAGUGGUGGUGAGGGUGAGGAAGAGCAGUCACAACCAGAUGAUGGAGGUUCCCUGGCCUCAACUUUGAACAAACUGAAGAUGAUGAUGAAAAAGGAGGAAGGUUACACUGGACAGGAGCCACAGUAUUACCAUUACAUACCACCUGCACAUUGUCGGGUCAAGCCGCAUUUCCAGUUUCUGCUUUUCAUGAAGGCUUCAGACCAGUGUGAUAGCAAGGAGGAGGAUGAGGAUGCAGCGAAAGAUGAGAAGGCAGCAUCCGGUAAUGACGGAGAGCAAAAACAUAUCAAAGUCAGCAGCUGCACAGCUGAAAAAGACACUGAGAAUGAACCUGCACAGGCACAAAAUGCGAAUCCCUCUCCCACAACAGCUAAAGCGAAAACAGAGGAGGAAUCAGGUAGUACACCUGCAGGGCAAGGUGAUUCACCAGUGGUAGAUACCGUGUCCCAACAAGCUGAUACCAAGCAAGCAGUGUCCGAGCCUGCAGACACAGGUCCCCGCAUGCCAACCGGGCCUUUCUUUCCUGUGCUAAGUAAGGAUGAAAGCACCACUUUGCAGUGGCCUUCUGAAUUGUUGGAGUUUACUAAGGCUCAGCCAUCCCUCUCCUACAGUUGUAAUCCUCUUUACUUUGACUUCAAACUGUCGAGAAACAAAGGAAACUGGGCAGGCAAAAACAGCAAACCUGCCAAGCCAGUUAGCACUGAUGGACGAGAGGGCUCUAAGCCUGAAAACACAGAAAGUACUCCUGCCACUAGUGGAGAGGCAUGCACUGCUACAACAGUUGCGGGACCCAGUACAGUUCAAAAAGAACAACCAUCCUUGAAAGCGGAGGGUGCUGAGAACGAGAACAACGAGCAGAAAUCACAAAGUAAUGAGGAUGCGUCUGCAGGGUCUAAGAAAAAGAAAAAGAAGAAGAAACACAAGAAGUCAAGCAAGCGUUCCAAACGUAAAGAAAAAGCAGCAGUGGAGGGGGAGUUAGAAAAUGAGAAUCCAGGAGAGAAAGCUAAAAAGAAGAAGAAACACAAAAGAAAGAAAAGCAAAAAUAAACCACGUAGCACUGACGAAGUUGAAGCAGAGGGAGGCGACAGUAAGGAAAAAGAGAAGGACAAGGAUGACAAAGAUGGAGUAGCCACCGCUCAGACAUCGGGAGUAAGCACAUCCCACGAGGGAGGAAAGAGGAAACGCUCCCACAAAAUGUCUCAGUGGUCAGGAGUUGAGGAAAGCAGUGCAGGAAAGCCUAGCUCUACAGAGGAACACAAUGGUACUAAACGUCUUAAACCUGACACCAACACACCUGCCGCCUCCUGCUCCGUCUCGGCCCAAAAGAGCACAAGUGGAGGUCGACCCCCAAGUAGUGACAGCGAGGAGGAUGGUGGAUCAUCCUCUCAACGCUCACGACCACCUCGCCGUCGCUCCACGCCACCACGUGAGCAGCGAAGACACCGCAGUGAUGAUUCCGGAAGAUCAGGACGUUCACAUAGUAGGUCGUCUCGUCGAGGAGACCACAACCAUAGACGCCACAGAGGUCAAAAGUCACGCAGUCGAUCCUACUCAAGCAGCUCCGAGCGUUCCUCAGCAGGGAGCAGCGCUUAUAGUCGGCGUAGCCGUAGCUAUUCCGACAGCUACAGUGAUUACAGCGACGAAGAACGUCGCCGCAGAUCAAGAAGGCCUUCCUCGGAUUCAGAAUAUGAAAGGCGUAAUAGUACACGAUCGCACAGGCGACGUUACACCUCGACUUCUUCAGAGGAGGACUCGCGUUCACGUUCACGCUCACACAGCCGCAGGAAGCAUCAUCGGCGGAGACACCAACGGAGCAGUAGCCGCAGCUCCAGUCGUAGUAGUAGGAGUAGCAGCGCUCGUUCUUACAGGCGCAGCAGCUACAGUCGCAGCCGUAGUUCUGCUAGUCGUUCAUCUAGCUCUACAAAGGGCUCUCCACAUCGGCACGGUCACAGUCGGAGAUCUGACAGCUCGACGCGGCGGCGGGAUUUCAACCGGUCGCGAAUCUACCGCUCCCAGUCUCCGAGGUCCUCUUCCCGGACGCAAACCCGAAACAGCAACUCUUCAUCGACCCAAGGAACAAGAGGUGGUGGUGGAGCUUCCUCGAAGGAGGGAGGCGGAGCUGCAGAACAUCGAAAUUCAUUCACAGCACGACAACUCUUGGAGAAAAUCCAGUCUAAAAAAGGAGGGGAUGAUUCUGGUACUGGCACCAAGACGGGUCUCAAGAUCAAGGACCCUCCACAGGGAUACUUCGGGCCCAAGCUCCCCCCUGCCCUUGGAAGCAAAAGCAUGCUGCCGCUUUUUGGCAAGCUCCAAGCCGGAAAGAAGCCACCACUUCUUCCUCUUAUACGCUCAACCGAGGGUGAAAAGUCAGACCAGGGUAAAAAUUCAGAUAGUAACGAAGUUAUCCUGGUCGAACCCAUUCGUGAGUUUCCCCCACCUCCUCCUCCACCUCAGCCACCGGUUCAGCAACAACAGCAGCAGCAACAACAAAAGCAGCAAAUGGAAGAGGCUGUAUCAAAUGCCGCAGUGUCCGAGGAGACCAGACAUCCACCCUCAGACCCUCCAGCCCUUCACGAGUCUCAACCACAAUAUGACCAGGAUCAAACAAUGAUGUUGUCACAAUACCAAGGUGAACCGAGACAAGACCCCAACAAUCCAAUGUUGGACGGACACCUAAUGGGGCCUGAAAUGGGCCCGCAGCCUACUAUGCACGCCUACCCUGGUUACCCUCCAAACAUGGAGGAUGGGGAAAUGGGCAUGGAAGCUGAAGAGGAUGGACUGGCGCCUUUAGAAAGUCAACCAAUCACCUUCACUCCUGAGGAAAUGGAGAAAUACAGCAAGUUGCAGCAAGCAGCCCAACAGCACAUUCAACAGCAACUGUUAGCCAAGCAGGUGAAGACCUUCCCCUCGGCUGCAGCUGCUGCUGCAGCGGCAGCUAAUUUGGCGGCAGCGGCUAACCUUGCCCCUGCACCACCCCCACCACCAACUGCACUGCAGCCUAUCCACAUUCAGCAACCCACGGUUUCUGCAGCUUCUGCUACCUCUAUUACAACAGUGCAGCACGCCAUCUUGCAACAUCACGCUGCUGCUACGGCCAUGGGCCUCCAUCCCCAUAACCCUCAUCAUCCCCACCCUGCCCAUGCCCAGCUUGCCCAGGUGCACCACAUACCUCAACAUCAUCUAACCCCCAUCUCCUUGUCGCCAUUGGGCCACUCUUUGGGUCAUUCACUGGGACACUCUUUAGGACACACCGGCUUGAUUCCCGCCCACCACACUGCCUUCCUUUCAGGCCAGCCCAUACAUAUCAUACCAGCCUCGGCGCUCCAUCACACGCCUCUUGCUCUACACCACGUCCCACAUGCUGCCCUCUACCCAACCCUCUUCGCUCCUCGGCCAGCCACUGCUGCGGCAGCAGCUGCCCUACAGCUACAUCCACUUCUUCACCCAAUCUUCUCAGGGCAGGACCUUCAGCAUCCUCCAAACCAUGGCUCCUGAAAAUCUGUCUUCUCUCAAAGAGAGGGUCUGGCCCAGCAGUGUGAAGAGCUAAAAGGUUUUAGCUACCAGGUGACACAAUCUGGCGACCCACUGUCCUCUAUGUGCUCUGCCACCUUCGGGUUGAUCUCAACAGGGCUGUUUAGGAGUACAUUUAAAUGAGGACCGAAAAAGAUCAUCUUGGCUGCCUUUUGAGAUUCUAAAGAAAUUGUAUGGCCUGAAUCAGGAGCUAGGUUGGCAGGUCAACAUAUGUAACAUCAUAUAUAUAUAUUCACACAAGGAGUUGGUUUAUAGUCCAAGGAUAUGGAUGGAUCUUACAACUAGGAAACCACUGGCAUAUUGUUUUGUUUUCUAUGGUGUCAUCAAUUUUCGUUCAUUUGUCUGUGUUUAUAUAUAUAUAUAAAUAUAUAUAUAUAUCCAGAAGCUCACUGGCUGAAGCCAUAAUCAAGAUCUUCAUUGUAGGCUUUUAGAGUGGUUUGCUACAGUUGAUAUGGCUGGUCUUGAGGGUCAUUUUUGAGUUUUGUGUACUAAGCAUUCAUGAAAGUUGCAGAGUUUAUGAACUCAUUGUAUGAAUAUGCAAAGUUACACUUCAGCCUGCUAUUUAAAAGCAAGGCUGUAAUAAACUGAUGAUUGGUUUGCUGAAAUAUCGUCAUAUUUGAUCAUUUUCAGCUCAUACCAAUUAUCAACAGUUGUACCAUACUCUGAUCAAAGGGUAUCAUAAGAACAAGAUGAGUCAAAUAAAAGCCAUACUCAGCACUCAACUGUGUUAAGCUAUUUUUGCUGGUUGGUUGUAAAUCAAUAUACAUUAUCCGAAAAUAGUGAAUGGGACAGACAUCAUACAUACGUUUAAUAAUGUCACAGGCUGUUGAAACGGCAUAACAGGUUACACUUUGGGAUUUGAAGGUUCCCAUCCCUUGUUUUUGAAAUUGUGAAAUCUUGCACUGAAAAAAAUGUACAUUGAGAUGCUGUUUUUGCAUCUUGUAACAACUGUAUGAUUGUAGUAUUCUGCAAUAAUUUUAUUUUCUAUUUGAUUUUAAAUUAUUUUCUUUUUCUUUUUUUUUUUGGAAAAUGUUUUCUUCCUGUACAAUUAGUUAAGUGUAAAUAGUUAACGUAGUGAAACUGUAAAAUAAAGGUUUGUAACACCUGUUUAAAAAUGCUAAUAAAAAUAAUGAAAUGGAAAAAAAAUUGGGGGAAAGCAUAUGUAAACAUGAUCAGGGCUGGUACUACCAAGAUGAGGAGUGUUUUUGGAAAAUGGAGGGACAGCAGAAUGUUUCAAAACUUUUGUUGACAUUAAUUGUACUGUAAAUGGCAGCAAUGAAAUUAGCUUUUUUUAAUUCCUCCUUGAUGCAUCAGCAAAUAAAACAUUGACUUGUAA